CGGAGCGGAGCGGAGCGGAGCGGCGCGGGCUGCGGUUCCACCAGCAGCGGCGGCGGCUCUGCGGGGCCGCGCCGGUCUCGGCCACCCCCCGGACUCCCCUCCGGCUCUGCCCGUCCCUCCGCCUCCUUCCCCCCCCCCCCCCCGCCCGUUUUUUGUUUUUUUGUGGUUUUUUUUUUUGUUGUUGUUUCUUUUUUUUUUUCCGCUCCCCCCCCAUCAUUUCUCCCAGCAACGCCGCCCCCCGCCGCCCCCCCCCGCAGCAAGAUGGUGCAGAAGAAAUCAGAGAUCCCAGGUUUCCACCGCUCCUUCAAGGGACAAAACCCCUUUGACCUGGAGUUUGACCAGUCCAACCACCUGGAGCCAGUCUUCAACUUCGAGUGUCCGCCCCGUCCCGACAUGCCUUCAAGUCAACCCAUCGAUAUCCCCGACGCCAAGAAAAGGAACAAGAAGAAGAAGCGCUGCAGAGCCACCGACAGCUUCUCCGGCAGGUUUGAAGAUGUUUACCAGCUGCAGGAGGAGGUGCUGGGAGAAGGGGCCCACGCCAGAGUCCAGUCCUGCGUUAACCUCAUCACCAACAAGGAGUACGCGGUGAAGAUCAUAGAGAAGCGCCUGGGACACAUCCGCAGCAGAGUCUUCCGGGAGGUGGAGAUGCUCUAUCAGUGCCAGGGACACAGGAACGUCCUGGAGCUGAUUGAGUUCUUUGAGGAAGAGGAGAGGUUUUACCUGGUGUUUGAGAAGAUGAGAGGAGGCUCCAUCCUGACCCACAUCCACCGGAGACGCCACUUCAACGAGCUGGAGGCCAGCGUGGUGGUGCAGGAUAUCGCCAGCGCCCUCCACUUUUUGCACAACAAAGGAAUUGCACACAGGGAUCUAAAACCAGAGAAUAUUCUUUGUGAGAGCCCGGACCAGGUCUCCCCAGUGAAGAUCUGUGACUUUGACCUGGGAAGCGGCAUCAAACUCAACGGCGAUUGCUCCCCCAUCUCCACCCCGGAGCUGCUCACCCCGUGCGGCUCCGCCGAGUACAUGGCCCCGGAGGUGGUGGAAGCCUUCAACGAGGAGGCGUCCAUCUACGACAAGCGCUGCGACCUGUGGAGCCUGGGUGUCAUCCUGUACAUCAUGCUGAGCGGGUACCCCCCCUUCGUGGGCCACUGCGGCUCCGACUGCGGCUGGGACCGGGGCGAGGCGUGCCACACCUGCCAGAACAUGCUCUUCGAGAGCAUCCAGGAGGGGAAGUACGAGUUUCCCGACAAGGACUGGGCGCACAUCUCCUUCGGAGCCAAAGACCUCAUUUCCAAGCUGCUGGUGAGAGAUGCCAAGAAGCGGCUCAGCGCAGCCCAGGUCCUGGAGCACCCCUGGGUGCAGGGGUGCGCCCCGGAUAACACCCUGCCGACCCCCAUCAUCCUGCAGAGGGCACGGAGAAAUGUCUUCCUUUCCUCCCGUGCUCCGGCCGGUGGCUCCCCGGGGGGAGGUGUGUGUGAGUUAUCUUGGGAGAUGAUGAUCUCGGGUGUUGAUGGAGUUUGGGGCAGGGACCGUCUUUUUCUCGCCCUUCCUGGCCAUUCUGCCAAGCGGCGCCAGCGGGGAGGGAGGGUGACUUCCCUUUUUCCCCCCCUUCCUCCCCCCCCCCCAAAAAAUGCCUCGCACUUGCGAUCUGCCCUCUCCCCUGGGUGCCCCCGCUCCCACUGCGUGGGGUGGGGAGGAGCAGGGCAGCGGUGAGGGGAGAUCCCCCCCCCCCCCCCCCAGGCACUGGGACACCCUGGAGAGGCCUCCUUUAAAGGAAAAAAAAAAAAAACCACCACAAAAAAACAAAACCAUCUCGAUUGUACAUUGUUACUUUUUAUAGCUUAUUUUGUUUUAUCAGUUGUAGAUAAUUCCUUGUUGUCUUAUAUUAAGAAAUACUUGAAUGAUGUACAGUACGCGAUGCCUUGAGCUGGUAUUGUGAAAGCUAUUGUUAAUGCUGCACGCUGCAGCCUUUUUUUAAAAAAAAAAAAAAAAAAGAAAUCAUGGGAAGGGGGUAGCCGGGGGAACAUCUCUAAAAUUUUUUUUUUUUUUUUUUUUUUCAUCCCCCGUGCUUUUGUUGGCAAACAGCGUUUCCCCCUCUUCCCACGCGUAAGACCUAUCCCUUUUAUGUACGUGGACACACACGCUUUCCGGAGGGCUGGCGCGUGGCCUGGGUGACCCGGGGCUGUGCAGGAGCUCGUCCCCCGUGGGCAGCCCCGGGCGAUGCUGCAGGGGUUUGCAGCGAGGGGCUGGAUGGGCCGGGGAACAUCCGAGCUCUUGGCCGGUUGCUUGGCCUCGCGGUUGGGCUGGGGGGGGUUCGGGUUGGCCGCGGACCCGGCACUCCUGGGGGGGGACGGCGUGCGUGGCAGGGUCCCUGUGGUUAUAGAGGAUCCUUAAAUGCCUCUAGAGCUUGGGGGAUCAACUGAGCCGCCUGUAGCCCUGACUCGGGGUGGUGGUGGGGUGCCCUGGGUGCCCCGGCGCUGCGCGGGGCUCGGCUGGGGAGAUGCUGGGGCCGGGGCUGGGCACCCCCUCCCCGCUGCCAGCGCCUCUCCCGGGGUGCUUUCCAGACAGAUGCUCCCAGACCCGCGGUCCAGCACCUCCUAACCCCCCUCUCACCAACACCCUUCUUCCUCCUCUUCUUCUUUCAAAGCCUUUCCCUCCACCCAUAGAGCAUCUGUCUUGGAAACCAACUUCAAAAAGACUUCUUUUUUUUUUUUUUUUUUAAACUGGAAAUUUUAAGCAUUUUGGCUUCCUCUCCUUCCCCCCCGCCCUUCCUUCAGCCAACUAACUCGACUUAGAACUGGUUAGAAACGUUUACUGUGAAGCUAACUUCUUUUUAUCAAAACAGGAGAAACUUUCUCCACUUUACAAUUGAUGAAGACUGCCAAAGCUGGUUCGACAAGAGUCAUGUUAACGCACUGUUGGUUUGUACAAUGGCAGCCUCUGCUUGGGGGCUGGCUGGAGAAUAAAAAUGAAAAAAAAAAACAAAACAAAACAAAAAAAAACACAAAAAAAAAAAAAGACAAAAAAGGAAAAAAAAAAAAACCACACAAAAAACAAGCACUUUACUGUAUGUACCAGGUGAACUGAUACAGCUGAAUUGAAGUUUUCCUUUAUAACAAUUGUUGAUGCCAGAAUUUUGUAUUCUGUUUUGUAAGAAUUUAAUAAAAAUGCAUUGAGACCUA